AUGUCUCAAGAUGUCACCAUCAAGACUGAAAAGGAUGAAGCUUUCACCAAUGCUUUCCCAUUAGGUAAAUUACCAGCUUUCAUUGGUACCAAAGGUUUCAAAUUAUACGAAACCUUAGCCAUUGCUACUUAUUUACUUUCAUUAGUUCCAAAGGAUAAGAUUGGUGCUGUUUUAGGUAAGAAUAAUGAACAAUAUGCUUCUGUUAUCAAAUAUUUAUCAUUAUUCAACCAAGAAUUCAUCCCAGCUUUAUUCCAAACUUUAUUCAUGAUUAAUGGUAGAUAUCCAUACAACAAGAAACAAUGUGAUGAAAACUUUGGUAAAGUUGAUGUUGUUGCUUCAAUUUUAGAAUCAAGAUUAGCUGAAUUCACUUUCUUAGUUGGUGAACGUGCUUCAUUUGCUGAUUUCUUUGCUGUUGCUUGUUUAGCUCCUGGUUUACAAACCAUUUUAGCUAAACCAUUUGCUCAAAAAUAUCCAAACAUUACUAGAUGGUUCACUACUGUUUCUAAGAAUGCUUUCUUUGGUGAUAGAUUUGCUCAAUUCGCCAUUGCUGAAAAACCAUUAGUCUACACUCCUCCAAAGAAGGAAAAGAAACCAGCUCAAGAACAACAACCAAAGAAGGAAAAGAAGGAAGCUAAACCAGCUGCCCCAGCCGCUUCUUCUGAAGAACCAGCUGAAGCUCCAAAGCCAAAACAUCCAUUAGAACUCUUGGGUAGACCAAAGGCCGCCUUAGACGAAUGGAAGAGAGUUUACUCUAAUGAAGAAACCAGAGAAACCGCUAUUCCAUGGUUUUGGAAGAAUCAAUACGAUCCAGAAGAAUGGUCUCUUUGGAAGGUUGAUUAUAAAUAUAAUGAUGAAUUAACCUUAACCUUCAUGUCCAACAAUUUAGUUGGUGGGUUUUUCAAUAGAUUAUCCGCUUCUACUAAAUAUAUGUUUGGUUGUAUGGUUGUUUAUGGUGAAAACAACAAUAAUGGUAUUACUGGUGCUUUCUUGGUUAGAGGUCAAGAUUAUAAACCAGCUUUUGAUGUUGCUCCAGAUUGGGAAUCUUAUGAAUUUACUAAAUUGGAUGCUAAUGAUGAAGAAUCUAAGAAGUUUAUUGAUAAUAUGUUUGCUUGGGAUCAACCAGUUAUUGUUAAUGGUGAAUCUAAGGAAAUUGCCGAUGGUAAGGUUUUCAAAUAA